CGUCCUCAGAGCUGGUAACACUGCAAAAAAAACGAAGCCGCGCUGAAUACUUUUGCCAACAAUAAACGCAGAAAACCAACUGAGAAGCGAAACAAGAAGACUAUCAACAUCAUUUAACAAGCCAUAGUUAUAAUCCGCUAUGGCUCUUGUGAAACCGAAAUCGGAGCUGACCCCGGAGGAGCUGGCGCGGCAGGAGGAGGAGGAGUUUAACACCGGCCCGCUGUCCGUGCUCACGCAGUCCGUGAAGAACAACACCCAGGUGCUCAUCAACUGCCGCAACAACAAGAAGCUGCUGGGCAGGGUAAAGGCCUUCGAUCGGCACUGCAACAUGGUACUGGAAAACGUGAAGGAGAUGUGGACGGAGCUGCCGCGGACCGGUAAGGGCAAGAAGAAGGUGAAGCCCGUGAACAAGGAUCGGUUCAUAUCGAAGAUGUUCCUGCGAGGCGAUUCUGUCAUCCUGGUCCUAAGGAAUCCCCUGGCCACGGCGGCCGGCAAGUAGUCUACCAUAGCGAUAGCGUACAGCAACCAAUAUCCAUCAACUUCAGUUAAUAAAUCCGUAAAUCAACCAAAUAAGUUCUGUGGACCAAAAUGUGCCAUUAAUUAAAAGUGUGAGCUAUAAUUUACGACGGAAAAUAUCCCAUCCCAGUAACAUAUCCCAUUAUAAAUUUGUAUAACGAAAGUACAAUCCGUAAUCGCAAUUUCUUAUAUUUUGAUUAACAUCUUUUAAUCGAUUUUUCCUAAAGUAUCUGUUUAAGAUUAAAACGGAAUCAAUUCUCCG